AUGAUAACGAGUUAUUUGACUUUACGUGACAGACUUUCGCAAGUGUGGUUGAAUACUUACACAUUAGCACUAUUACUUGCAGUAUUCAAACUAGCAUUUUUUUCCACAUCCAUUAGGAACGCUAUUGGCCAAUCUGAAACUUAUGUAAUAUCACAUUGUGCAUCAAUAGAUGCAAUUUACAAUAAUGGGUUAAACAAUACGCCGCAUUACCUGGGCGUGAUGAGCAAUUAUUUAUUGAAAGAGGCCAUGGAACAAUCCGUGAAAGCCAGUUUGAAAACUCUAUCAUUGCUUGUUUAUGUGAGCGAAGAAUUGGUUUCAUUUUCAAUUGAUCUUUAUCUCGGGACCUAUGCUUGUUUGAUCGUUAGUGCCAUAGAUGGAAGCGUGGAUGUAGCUACUAAUACCACAGAAAAAAUCCUAGAUUUGGUUAAUUCAACAGUCAUCGGGUUUGCAGAUGAUUUGGACGAUGGACUAGGUGAUAUUUCCAACAUCAUUAAUAAGAUAAUUUCAGCCGCAUCCAAAAUCGAGAGUUUAUUCACAGGCAACAAUAAGGACGAUGGAGCUUCUGAUAAAAUAAAACAGGUAAAUUUGACUAUUUCUUCACUGAGAGAUUUCCAAAUCCCAUCAUCAAUUGAUGAUAAAUUGCGGAAUCUCUCGGAUAAGACACCAGAUUUUGCCACGUUGAAGAACAUGACCAAGACUCUUAUAUCGGUGCCUUUCACGGAAGUCAGGAACGAAAUUGAUGCCAUGAAUGCAACCGGUAUAGUGGGUGAUCCCAAAUUGUUGUACGUUCCUCCCCUAGUGAACAGUAGUGACACACCGGGGAUCUGUGGGAAGAACAUCCCCACAAUUAAAAAACUUUACGAUUCCUUGGAUCACACUCUGAUGGUCGCGACUGUUGUGUGCCUGGUAUUGAUGGUACUAGCAGCAAUCGUUAUGAUGAUUCCGCCUGCGUGGAGUGAGUAUAGAUAUUGGAGACGAUUGAAUGAACUCAGAGAUCAAUAUCAACGCACUAUACUUUCCGAAAAAGAUCCCUUUACAGAGUCAAACGUUCAGCCUUCAUGGGAUAUAAUAGCCGCAUUGCACAAUUGUUUUUACCAUUGGAAUGCUAAAGUUAGCAGAUGGUUGUUCACUGUAAUAUCAAAGCUCAACCGUAAGAAGCAGCCAACAGAUCUGGACAAAAUCAAAGUUCAAUGGGUAGUAUCCUACACGACAUCUUCGAGAGCUCUUUGUGUUCUUGGUAUUGGUCUCAUUGCUCUUACAGUAUGUAUAUUGCAGCUCAUACUGAUAGCAGUGCUCAGGAAUGCCAUCGAGAGUAAAGGUGAUAGCACUGUGAAACAGCUCCUGAACAAUAGUGCAAUUUCCUUUGAGGAAGACAUCAAUAACUGGAGCAAACAGACCAAUUUGUACAUCAAUUCCACAGAAGCCAAUAUGAACGAUGAAGUCUUUGGCUGGCUAGACACUACGACGGUUUCUGUCAACGAUACGGUGAACAAAAUGAUGACAGGUAUCGAUGACACCCUCGCAGACGCAUUCAACAACACCAUUCUCUACUCCCCUAUGAAUACAGUCGUCGGUUGUGUCAUAGGCAACAAGCUUGCCAUGGUAGAAAAGGCGAUGACCUGGAUUCAUGACACAGUUAAAUUCAGUCUUCCAAGAAUAAAUGCCACUGAUAUCAACUCCGUCAUGAAGAAUCAAUUGCAAAAUGACAGUUCCACUGAUACAAAGAGUUCGUUCUCAGGGUUCGAUAUAGUAGGCGAAAUGCGUUCUGCACUACUAAAGGUGCUCGACAGUUUUCACAAGACAGCGAUGUGGGAACUUACAAUUGCACUCCUAAUUUUGAGCGUCUGGGUUUUCCAACUACCAAUAGCAAUUACCAUACUUCUCUAUAGGUCUCGCAAACACUAUUAA